AUGAGCACUCGAAGAGAAGAAUCCCAGGACCGGGCCAUCGUCAGAAUAGCCGCGCAUUUACCAGACCUCAUUGUCUAUGGAGACUUCUCUCCAGAGCGACCGUCUGUGGAUUAUUUUGAUGGAGUCCUGAUGUUUGUUGAUAUUUCAGGUUUUACUGCAAUGACUGAGAAGUUCAGCACAGCCAUGUACAUGGACCGAGGGGCUGAGCAGUUGGUGGAAAUCCUCAACCACUACAUAAGCGCAAUAGUCGAGAAAGUGUUGAUUUUUGGAGGAGACAUCUUAAAAUUUGCAGGUGAUGCACUACUCGCCCUGUGGAAGGUGGAGCGAAGGCAACUGAAAAACAUUAUCACGGUGGUAAUUAAAUGUAGCCUGGAGAUCCACGGAUUGUUCGAGACUCAGGAGUCCGAAGAAGGCCUAGAUGUCCGAGUCAAGAUAGGACUGGCUGCUGCUGUCACCAUGCUGGUCUUUGGAGAUGAAGUUUUUAACUUCUUUCUGGUGAUGGUCGGUCAGGCGAUUGGAUGGCGUCGCGCCUUGCCGUUUAUGGCACAGAUGAGCGAUGUCAUUCUGUCCACCAAACUACUUUAGCAGCUUUCUGUGGCGAACAUGAUCCCGAGAAAGUGAGAGGAUUCCAGAUCGAGAGCAGUUAAGGUGAAUUUCUUAAAGCCGCCUUCUACUUUUAACUUUGAUGAAUUUUUCACCAAGUGUAUGACUUUCAUGGAUUAUUACCCUUCUGGUGACCAUAAAAACCUCCUGAGACUUGCGUGCAUGCUGGAGUCCGAUCCUGAGCUGGAGUUGUCCCUCCAAAAGUAUGUGAUGGAAAGCAUAUUGAAGCAGAUCGAUGACAAACAGCUUCGGGGUUACCUGUCGGAGCUUCGCCCUGUGACCAUUGUGUUCGUGAACCUGACGUUUAAGGACCAAGACAAGGCAGAAGUCAUCGGCUCGGCCAUCCAGGAUGCCUGUGUGCACAUCAAUUCUGUCCUGAGGGUCUCCCGAGGCCAAAUCAACAAAGUCUUCAUGUUUGACAAGGGCUGUUCCUUCCUCUGUGUCUUUGGUUUCCCUGGGGAAAAGGCUCCUGACGAAGUCACUCAUGCCUUGGAAAGUGCUAUGGAUAUAUUUGACUUCUGCUCUCAGGUUCACAAAAUCCAUACCGUUUCCAUCGGCGUGGCCAGCGGGAUCGUCUUCUGUGGAAUCGUCGGACACUCUGUGAGGCAUGAAUACACAGUGAUUGGCCAAAAAGUCAACAUAGCUGCCAGGAUGAUGAUGUACUACCCAGGAACCGUGACUUGUGACUCCGUCACCUACAGUGGCAGCAACCUCCCAGCCUACUUUUUCAAAGAGCUUCCAAAGAAAGUCAUGAAAGGUGUUGCGGACCCCGGACCCGUCUAUCAGUGUUUGGGACUGAAUGAGAAAGUCAUGUUUGGUAUGGCAUACCUCAUCUGCAACAGAAAUGAGGGCUACCCUUUGCUGGGACGUGAUAAGGAGAUCAAAUACUUCAUGUGUAGUAUGAAGGAAUUUUUGGUGUCCAACUGCAGCCGAGUCCUAAUGUACGAAGGAUUAUCAGGAUAUGGAAAAAGCCAGAUACUUAUGGAAAUUGAGUAUCUGGCCCAAGGUGAGAACCACAGGACUAUCGCUAUCGCGUUGACUAAGAUCAGCUUCCAUCAAAAUUUUUAUACCAUCCAGAUAUUCAUGGCCACUGUACUAGGUCUCGAUACUUGUAAACAUUAUAAAGAACGACAGACCAACCUUCAAAAUAAAGUCAAGACACUGUUGGACGAGAAGUUCCACUGUCUUCUGAAUGACAUCUUCCACGUCCGGUUCCCUAUUUCACGAGAGGUUUCCAAGAUGACCACCUUCAGAAAGCAAAAGCAGUUGGAAGCAUUGUUUAUGAAGAUCUUGGAGCAAACCGUGAAAGAGGAAAGGAUUAUUUUCAUCAUCGACGAGGGCCAGUUCGUCGACGCAGCCUCCUGGUCCUUCUUGGAGAAGCUUAUCCGGACUAUUCCUAUCUUCAUCAUCAUGUCCCUGUCCCCCUUCGUUGACAUACCCUGUGCAGCUGCCAGCGCCAUAAUGAAGAACAGGAAUACCACCUACGUCACCCUCGGAGCCGUGCAGCCUAAGGAUAUCCGCAACAAGGUCUGCCUAGACCUCGAUGUCAGGGGCAUCCCCAAAGAACUGGACACAUCCAGACUUUGUGGGUUUCCCGAAGAUGUAUCUACAAGUGCCCGUUUCAAUAUGUUCACUGGGCCCGCUGUUCAAGAGCCAUUUCUCGUGGUUGAGAAUUUUAGUAGGCCAACAGAGGAACUAAAUAUUUCUGCUCUCGGUAACAAGGAGGGAAAUGAGGAAGUCUGUAACCUCGCUAGUGGUGUCAUAUUGAAAAACUUGUCACCUCCAGCAUCAUUAAAAGAAAUCUCUCUGGUUCAGCUGGAUAGCAUGAGUCUCUCCCACCAGAUGUUGGUGAGAUGCGCGGCCAUUAUCGGCCUGACCUUCACCACGGAGCUGUUGUUCGAGGUUCUCCCUUGUUGGAACAUGAAGAUGAUGAUCAAGGCCCUGGCCACUCUGGUGGAAUCCAACAUCUUCGAUUGCUUCCGGAACGGCAAGGAGCUCCGAAUGGCUCUAAGACAGAACGCGGCCUCGUUUGAGGUCAACUAUCGCUCCCUGUCUCUGCAGCCCAGCGAAGGGCUGGCCCACGGUGAGGAGGAAGAGCUCCGCGAGCUGGAAAGCGAGGUGAUCGAGUGCCACAUCAUCCGAUUCUGCAGGCCUAUGAUGCAGAAGACGGCCUAUGAGCUGUGGCUGAAGGACCAGAAGAAAGCCAUGCACUUGAAGUGUGCCCGCUUUUUAGAGGAAAAUGCCCACAGGUGUGACCACUGCCGAAGCGGCGACUUCAUCCCCUGUCACCACUUCACGGUGAACAUUCGGCUCAACACUUUGGACCUGGAUACUAUUAAGAAGAUGGCCAAGUCCCGCGGAUUUACCACUGAAGAAGAGAUCACCUUCUCCAAAAUAGAGACCCCUAAGAAAUCUGAGCUAUUUGCUGAAAACCUCAGUCCUGAAGAAAUAAAAGAAAAGAUCUUGAGUUUCUUCGACAUCGUUAUAACAAAAAUGAGGACAUCCGAGGAAGACAUCAUCCCUCUGGAGUCUUGCCAGUGUGAGGAGAUCCUAGAGAUGGUCAUCAUGCCUCUGGCCCACCAUUUUGUGGCUUUGGGAGAAAACAACAAAGCCUUAUAUUACUUUCUAGAAAUUGCAUCCGCUUAUCUCAUCUUGGGUGAUAAUUACAUGGCCUACAUCUAUUUGAAUGAGGGGGAGAGGCUGCUGAGGACGCUCAAGAAAGACAAGUCCUGGAGUCACACUUUUGAGUCCGCCACCUUUCACAGCCUCAAAGGCGAGGUCUGUUUCAACAUGGGCCAGAUGGUGCUUGCCAAGAAAAUGCUGCGGAAGGCCCUGAAGCUUCUCCACCGAAUCUUUCCUUACAACUUAAUCUCCCUGUUUCUCCAGACCCAUGUUGAGAAAAACAGACACUUUUACUACCUAAAUCAACAGGCCCAAGAGAGCGCACCUCCAGGGAAGAGGAGGCUGGCGCAGCUUUACAGGCAAACCACCUGCUUCUCCCUGCUGUGGCAGAUAUACAGCCUAAAUUACUUUUUUCACUACAAGUACUACGGCCAUCUGGCAGCUAUGAUGGAAGUAAAUACCGCACUGGAAACCCAAGACGAUUUUCAGAUCAUUAAGGCCUACCUGGAUUAUUCACUGCACCACCAGCUGGCCGGCUACCAGGGCGUGUGGUACAAAUAUGAAAUCAUGGCCAUGGAACAGAUCUUCAACCUCCCCCUGAAAGGCGAGGGCAUUGAAAUCGUGUCAUAUGUGGCUGAUAAACUGGGCUACACCAAGCUUUUAAUGGGUCACUUGGACUUGGCCAUUGACUUAGGCUCUCGAGCCCAGAAGAUGUGGGCACUGCUCCGAAAUCCUAACAGGCAGUAUAUGGUCCUCUGCUGGCUUAGUAAAUCUCUCUUCUUGAAAAACAGGUAUUUAGUCUUUCCAGCCGGAAUCCUAGUGGGCUCGAGACCCCAGCCCCGAGAGCGGCCACACCACACUAACACGCGUGUUAAACCCCAAUUUCUUGUAAAUUCCAAAGCCACGCUCACCGGAAUAAAGCAUGAGGUCCAGGCAGACGAAAUAGAAAAAGGCCUUGCUGAAGAUCACAUCGUUUCUCCUGGGGAGCAGGCGGUGGGCUCCAGGCCCAGGUCCCGGGAGCUGGGCCUGCAGGGAGACCCAUUUCAGAACAUUCCAAGGGCGAUACUGAUUUGUCUUCUUCUUCUGUGCUGGCGCAGGUAUGCCAGGCUCCAGGAAUGGGACAACUUUCACAUCUUUUCCAGUAGAGCUAAAAACCUAGUGCCAAGAAGAACCCCGACAGCUCUUUACUAUGAAGGAAUCAGUAGGUACAUGGAAGGGCAAGUCCUCUACCUUCAAAAGCAGAUUGAGGGGCAGUCUGAGAACGCUCAGGACAGUGGAGUCGAGCUGCUCAAGAACUUGGAGAGUCUGGUGACCCAGAAUACCACUGGCCCUGUCUUCUACCCGAGGCUUUACCACCUGAUGGCCUACGUCUGUAUACUCAUGGGAGACGGCCAGAACUGUGACCUGUUCCUGAACACAGCCUUACGGCUCUCUGAAACACAGGGGAAUGUGCUGGAGAAAUGCUGGCUGAACAUGAGCAAAGAAUGGUGGUACUCAGACUCCGAGUUAAUGGACGACCAAUGGCUUCAAACAGUCUCGAAUCUCCCCUCCUGGGAAAAAAUUGUAUCGGGCAAGGUGAACAUGCAAGAUAUUCAAAAAAACAAAUUCCUGAUGAGAGUUAAUAUCCUAGACAAUCCUUUCUAA